AUGACGUCAAAACUCCCUAGAGCGACUCUAGCGCAGAAAUUGCAAAUACUAGAUUAUUAUCACAAAUCAGAUAGACCACAACUGGAAACUGUUGAUAAAUUUAAGAAUGAGGUUUCAAUUUCGACAUCUUCAUUCAGUGAAUGGUUAAAAAAUGAACCGGAAUUAAGAAAACGAUAUAAUCAAGCAGAUUUCAAGUUUUCUAAAAAUAGUAAAAGAAAAGUGAAAUUCAAGUAUGAAGAAAUAAACAAGGCAAUGGAUAAAUUGGUGAUUGGGAGAUUAGAGAGAAACGAGCCUAUUACUGAACCAAUACUAAGAGAGCAUUGGUCAGUUUAUGCUCAUCAGUAUGGGGUUGAUGAUCCAAAGAGGUUACACAGUUUUAGUCAUGGUUGGCUUAGUCAGUUUAAGAAGCGACAUGGAAUCAAUAAGAAAUCAAAUAAUGGCUCUCAAAAGAAUGCAAAAAAUGGUACAUCCAAAAAUGCUGUUGAAGUUGAUUCUGAUUCAAUUCAUAUUCAAAGUAACGAUGAAGAGGAAAAUGUGGAGAAUGGCUUUGAACCUUUGGAUGGUCCCGAGGUAGAGGUAUCUGGAGUGGAGGACCAAAAUUACGACCCAAAGUUUUCCACCAUAAGCCAUGAACACAAUAUUCGGAAUCCAACCGAAAAUAGCAAUGAACCAAGGACGAAAAAAGCAAGAUUGGAUGGUCGCAACAAUGCAUCACAGCUUGAAGCCAAUUCAAAUUUUGAUUUGUUAGCUCAGCAAAGACAGCAUUCACAACCACUGUCACUAUUAACAUCACCAUCGCCCAACUCGGACCAUUCACAACAACAAUUAGAACGCCGCCGUCGAAAGCGACACCAGCUGCCACAAGAACAGCAACAUAUCGACCACCAACAACAACAAGAUCAGCAACAACAACAGGCAAGAUUACAAGGGGACAAACAUUCAGAGAACUCAAAUAGAAACAAUCAGGAACAUUACAUACAACAUGGGCAAGCAAAUGUUAGAAAUGAGGCUCAGUUACUUCAAGAACAACAGAAACAAUUGCAGAAAUCGAAACAACAACCAACAGGUACAGACACUGUUCCUCGAAAUCAAUUUAGACCACAACAGGGUCUUAGUUUUAGUCAUAGUAAUUCUCCAAUCAUGAGUUUUGGGAUGGACAAACACAAUAUGCAAUUACAAAACCAAUAUCAAAAGAGUCAUCGUCAUGGCGCUAACCAAUCAAACACAGUACCAGAAGAUAUACAAAAUCCAAGCCCUGACCAGGAUUUUAGAAAUAGUUUAAUGAACAACAAUGGAAAUAAGAACACAAUCAAUUAUAGCCCCAAUCAACUUUAUAAAGAACAGAGACAACUAUUAAAUGACGAUUAUUCAUCAGGAAUAACCAAAUCGAAUGAUUCAAGAAAUUCCAGAGUAAUUUCCAAUAACGAUGACACAGAAACAGAAGUAAGUACAAACCAGGCAUUGCUAACUGGUAGAAUGACAGAAGAGGAAACGAAAGCAGCCAGCGAAUUAAAUAAUAUCACUAAUCCAAUUACAGCAACCGAUAUGGAGAGAUUCAUUUAUAUGUUUGCCGAUAGAUUUUUCCAUUUACAUCAGUAUGAGUACCCUCAAACAGUAAAAGUUUUCCAAGAAUUCAAACUGUCAUUUUUUAAUGAAAGAAUUAUGAAUAAUAGAACAUCAAAGCAGCAACAGCAGCAACAGCAACAGCAGCAGCAGCAACAGCAACAGACAUCUUUGCCUCAACAGCUGCAAGUGCAACCACAAUUACAACAGCAGCAACAACCGUCUCCAUCUAUGCAAUCAACACAACAAAUACAACAGCCAAUGAUUUACCACCAUAACGGUCGUCAACAACAACAACAACAACAGCAACAGCAGCAGCAGCUUAAUAGAAAUACCAUAUCCUCACAAUUACCAGCUCUUGUUGCUGCAACCGCUAGUUUGGUCAAUAACAAUCAAUCAAAUAUGUCACUUAAAAACGCUAAUUCUACUAUGGUCUUGAAUCCACAGCUGAAUCCGCAUCAAAGACAACAACAACAACAGCAUGAGCAUCAACAACCACCCACUUUACCCACUCCAUUACAGAAAAUUGACAGUUCAAAGAGUCAUCAUUUAGUAAUGUCGCCGUCGCCAAUGGACACAUUAGUGCAACUUCAAUUGCGUCAACAAGGCGCUCAAAGUAGUUUACAACAACAACAGCAACAGCAACAACAAAUUUCAAACUUUGAUGAUUAUUUACGAUCGAUGAAUGCACAAACUUUGUUAAAUAGCCAACCAAGUGCUACAAGAAAUAAUGGACUAACAGAAAUGAAUUUAGAUAGAAAUUCAAGAAUGACAAAAUCAUAA